GCUCCCGGAGCCUUUUUGUCCCUCUCCCCGCGCCGUGAGCGGUAACCAGGGGUUACCGGGGCCUGCUUACGCGGCCCCCGAGGGGGGCGGCCCGGCACGGCCCGGCGUGACGGCAGGCACGUGACCGCGGGGGAGCCAGGGCCCGGGACGCCGUGGUGACAAGACAAGACCUGGGACUCUGCCGUCUCUCCAGUCUCACUGAAUUGUUCUGGCCUGUCUCCAUUUUUCCUGUAGCUUCUGAGGCUCUGGAUGGCUAGUGAAGAGGGAUGUUCAGUCUAAUGGCCAAUUGUUGCAACUGGUUAAAACGGUGGCAGGAGCCUGUCAGGAAGGUGACACUAAUAAUGGUGGGUCUUGAUAAUGCUGGUAAAACGGCUACAGUCCGAGGAAUUCAAGGAGAGUCUCCUGAAGACGUAGCGCCAACGGUUGGGUUUUCGAAGAUUGACCUGAAACAGGGACGCUUUGAAGUCACCAUCUUUGAUUUAGGAGGUGGAAAACGAAUUAGGAACAUUUGGAGAAAUUACUAUGCUGAGUCUUACGGUGUAAUAUUUGUCGUGGAUUCCAGUGACAUUGCAAGAAUGGAAGAAACAAAGCAAGCCAUGACAGAAGUUUUAAACAGCCCUAAGAUAUCAGGGAAACCCGUGUUAGUGCUGGCAAAUAAGCAGGACAGAGAAGGAGCUCUGUCAGAAGCAGAUGUAAUUGAGUCCUUAUCUCUGGAAAAGCUUGUCAAUGAACACAAGUGUCUAUGUCAAAUUGAACCUUGUUCGGCUGUCAUGGGCUGUGGGAAAAAAAUUGAUAAAUCAAUAAAAAAGGGUUUGUAUUGGCUUCUACAUAUCAUAGCAAAAGAUUUUGAUGCCUUAAAUGAGCGCAUCCAAAGAGACACUACAGAACAAAAAGCAUUUGAAGAACAAAAGAAACAAGAACGAGCUGAGCGAGUGAGAAGGAUACGUGAAGAAAGGGAAAGAGAAGAAGGAAGAAGCAUACCUGAUGAUGAGGACCCUGAGCCUGGGAACUCUGAAAAUCCCUUCCAGCCUAUAGCAGCCGUAAUCUCUGAGAAUGAAAAACAAAUGGAAAAGAAGCGGCUAAGGUUGGAGACUGAAAAGGCUACUGUUGUCUCAAAAUCUCAAACAGAGCAGGAACAAAUGGAUGCGCAGCAACUAUCCAGUAGCAGUAGCCAAAAAACAAAUGACAGUAGACUAGAAACAUGCAAUUCUACAGCUACACAGCAUUUGCAGCAUGAAGAAAACGAGCAGCAAGCCUCAGAAAGGCAUGACUCAGAUAACAAUAAGAAGAAAAAUAGAAAAACAAAAUUAAAAAGGGGCCACAGAGUGGAACCCAUUAAUGCAGAAGAUACUGUUCCCAAAAAUCCUACACCACCACCAUCUCUUCCGCCAGUUGGCUGGGGAACUCCCAAACUUAAUAGACUUCGAAAACUUGAGCCUCUUGGUGAAACACAUCAUGCUGAUUUCUAUGGAAAGCCUCUGCCCCCACUGACUAUACGCCAAAGACCCAACAGUGAUACCCACGACAUCAUCGCUUAACUGGAUCAUAGAUAACAUCUAAAACACGUGGUCAAAAAAUUGUAUUAGAAAUGGGUUUUGCCAUUAAAGGAAAAUUAAUAAUAAUAAUAAUAAAAAGUCUAUCAGCUUCUUGCAAAAUAAUAACUUGGUAACGACUAAAUGUGGACUUCAUUCUAUCGUACGUGGUUGAUCCUUUUACUUUUCACAUCACCAGCUCUUCUUCAGGAUUUAGAGUGAGUGCAAGAAAGGUCUGUGUGUCCGUGGAAGCUCCUAUGAACAUGGUAUGGAAUAUGUGUUGGGUUUACUUGCAAAAAUACAUAAACUGCUGUAUUUCUUCAGCUGUAAACCUGAAGAAAAAUACCUUCAAGGCCACGAUAUGGGAUUGUAUGUACUCAUCAAGACCUUUCACCAGGUGCUGUGCAGUGAUUUGAUAUUUUUGCAGCUACUAAAUAGUUCUAAAGCAUUUUAUAAGAUUCAUGUAUGUUAGGGUUAAUAUAGGCAGGUUAUGCAACAAAUACUGAGUAUAUUUUUCUAACUUUUUAUAUAACUAUUUGAAAAUUUGAGGGGACAUGCAUACCUACUACCAAUAAGAUGAUACCUAGAAAGCAUUGGAAAACUGAUAGCCAAAUACAUGCAAGUAGAACAUGUUUGACUUUCACAUAUUUCUUGCAGUAGCAAUACCUCUUAUUAGGGAUUACAUUACCAGAAGCAUAUUUCAUAUUUCUGUCAAUCUGAAGGGGGGAGGGGGGGAAGGUAGAAAGGGAAGUUUAAGGUAAAUACAUUUUAUACAAAAUUAUGCUAUUUGAAUUGUCUGAAAGUUUUCUUAUGCAUAGUUUUCUUAGUUUUGUUAACUGAGUUGGGUGUAGGUAAUAAAUUCAGUUUGAAAAAGAGCUGAAUGUUGUAUUGUCUACUAUGGCAUAUAAUAAAAUUGCACAUAGUGAAAGUUUGCACUAAUUCAGUCAUCAGUUCUGAUGGAAAACUGAAUCAUCCAAUAUGCAUAUAAACUCCAGCACUUUUUAAUCUCGUCAAUACUAAAAUGCCAUCUUGAAAUCAAAACAAAACAAAACCAACAGAAUUUUAAGGAGUUAUAUAAUACUUCUAUGUAGUGUUUUAAUUUUACAUUUAAAAAAUAAAAUAAAAUACAGGAGAUAGGUAAAACGGGUUAGAAUUAGAUAUAUUCUUAUUUAUAUAUUAUGUAUAUGAUGUUUUUCCUCUUACAUUGGAGACAAUCAUUGGUAUAUUGUGUAAAGGUAUGUAGUUAUGCCACUUAAUUACAGCAAGGAUGAAACCCCCAUUGAAAGGUUUUUUGAAGAAGCGCUAUUUGAUUUUCUAUUACACUGUCUUCCAUAAUGUGAUAUUAACAAAUUAUUUUAGUAGAAGUUAAAUUAAUGCCAUGGAUAUAUUCAUCACGUUGACAUUAGAAGUCUUUGCCACAUAACCCUUAGGUCAAUGAGUUACACAAACAUAUACAUAUUAAUUGAACAUAUUAAUUGAAAUGACAAGAUUAAGAUUUUUUAAAUUAUGAGUGGAAAACAUGAUCAGACUUAAGAAUAUUAAGUUUGAAUUGGGUAGAGAGAAAUAUUCCAAGCUUGCAAAUUUAGUAUAAAGAUUAAACAAUUGUAACUGUCAGCAUGAGAAUACUUGUCUUGUAUUCUAGUAGUGCAACGUGAUUCGGUUUAAUUAUUCUCGGGAUUUAGUCAUUUUCACUUAAACAUGAUGAUUGGGGGGGGGAUUGCAUGUAAGUUUACAUGUGCAAUCCCAGUCUUACUAUUUUUGACUGCAUUACCACCUAAUUGUUUUGGCUUAAAGGCUUCACUUUUGCUGACUUUUUUUUUUUUUUACAGCUUCAGUGUCUAGAAGUGUAUUACCCUUUCACUUUAACACCAAUCCAAAAUAAAUUAAUGGAAGUCUAUUAUAAAUAAAGCUAAAUACUGCUGUGGAAACAAAAUUCGAAGAACUGAAAUGUAAAAUGUUGUUACUUAUGUGUGAAAUGUGUAUUAAGCGUGUUGUGUGUGGACAUGUAUCAGUUUUGUUUCUGCUUUUAAAAUAAAUUUGUACCAAUAUAUGACCUAAAUACUAAAAAAUUUUUCAUACAAGUUUGUUUAUGAAUAUGCUUUUUAAUUAUUUACUACAGUAGCUUUUUUUUAGUACUUUAUAUUAUCUUGACUUUUUAUUUGCUCAAGUUUACAUUUAUGUAUUGAAUAAAACUAAUGCACAGC